GAGGGAUUCAUCAUGGAUGGAUAUCAGGUGAUCCUGUAUAGCAAAACAUGGGAUUUCCAAAUCUGGACCAUUAUGAUCCAGAUUUGAUAAAUUGCCUAAGAUGUCCAUGCCAGACGCAGAAGCAAUCAUACCUGGCCAUAAAAUGAGGACCAGAUCCAUGGGCCAGAAAGGAGACCACAAGGCGGAGGAAGCCGACAGGGUGAAGGCCUUGAUGGAUGUAGGCUACCACCUACAGCAGACAAUGACCUCGAACUUAGCACCCUCCGUCAUGCACUCUAACCGCAUGCGUCUGGAGACGCUGCGCCGCUGCUCGUACUACCUGGAGGUGAUCCGGCUGGACUUGCCCCUGGGCGAGCACAGCUACCUGUCCAACUCCACCAUCCUGCACCUGAUCGACCCGUGGAAGCUGCAGCGCAUGAAGAAGCUGGCCAACAGCCAGGUGAAGAUCCAGCUGAGCCUGCUGGAGGAGCUCUACGAGCAGCUGGUGAAGGGGCGCCAGAGGCUGAACGCCCUGCUGGAGUGCUGCGACCUGCCCAUGCUGAUGGUGGAGGGCGCGUCCAUCCACGGGCAGGUGAACGAGGUACUGCGCACCAAGGCGGACUUCGACGCUGUGCUGUUGCCGGGGCGCCUGCAUUCCAAGCACCAGCUCAUCUCCGACAUGGGCAGCGCCAAGGUGCCGCAGGUGCGCCUGGCGCUGGUGCUCAAGAUGCCCGUGCACUUCAACAAGGAGCGCUCGUUUGCCACGGGCAACUCGGCCAGCCUGCACUGGCACGUGGCGGGCACGGAGAUUGCCGACCCGCGGGAGCAGUUUGAGCUGCACUACAAGCUGCUGCAGCCCACCUGCGCGGCCGAGGGGACAGAGGUGAACACGGUCACCUGCGACACCUACAGCGCCCAGGUGGAGGGCCUGCGUUCAGACCGCUGCUAUGAGUUCAGCAUCAAGAGGGUGGACUCCUGCUGCCUGGUCUACGGUCUCUGGAACGACAGCAUCAUCCUCAGGACCGUGUCCACAAGCUUUGGAGGAGGGAAUGAAUGCUAUGACAAGAGAAGGAGACUGUUUCCCUGGUGAGAGGCACACAGACAAAGUUUUAUAUACAGCUAUGGGAAUUAAAUACAUUUAUAUUUACA